AUGUUUCACAAAAUUAAGGAAACAUUCAAAAGCCGCGCUUCAGGAAAGCGACAGUCUGAAGAUGGCGUGCCACAUCUUACAAGGUCUGAACAGCUUAGACCCUCACAUCAAGGUACACGCCAAUCUAAUAUGAACUGUUCGAAUCUCCCUUUUCUCCAUUUCAGUAGACGUCAAGACAACGGAGAUUCUCGCAACCGAACAUCAGUACAAGAAACCAGUAUCCCACAAACAUCUCAAUAUGCUCCCUCGUCUCCUCACCAUUCACCUCGUCAUAGUCAACAUUCCAGUUCUCGUUCUAUUCAGAGUAAUGAAAAUGGUCGUCCAUCUACAUCCACACGGGCCGAAAGUGUUGCAUCACGCUCUAGUAGUCAUCAUACUAAAUCAACAAAUAUGAGUCCCAAGGUGGUGGUUCCACAAGGUAGAUCAUCUAGAAAUGAGCUUCGUCCCUCCUCUGCAUCAAGGGAUGAGCCCCGUUCUUCCGUUCCAAGAUCUUCUAUUACUGUCGAAGGGCCACUUAUUAUAUCAAGCUCUAAUAAUCAUCAUACUACAUCAACUAUGAGACAUCCAGAUUUAUCUAUUGCUCAUCUCGAACUAUUGAGAGAGAGCACCGGAAUCGACGUUACCAUGAGUAAGGCGGAUCAAGAUGUGAAGGUUGUGCCUUGUAACUCACGGAACCAGAUUGGUCUAUUGAACCGAUGA